GCGCCUGCGCAGUAGGGCGGGGCGGAGGGGGCGGAGGGCUCCCUCCGCUCGCCCCUCCCGCCGGGCCGCUCCUGGCCGGGCAGGGUAAGGGCAGGGUGAGGCCGCGCAGCGACACGGGCUGAGCCGGGCCGGCCGAUCCUUGGCAUGAGCGCGGGUGGCUGCGCCGCCGUCGCCGCCUCAGCGCGUUAAGUGUUGCGCCAUGCGGCUGUGCGGGGUGCUGCUCAAGAGCCCCAUCCCUAAGCAGAUCGAGUACUACUCGCGGUUCUCCCCAUCGCCGCUCUCCAUCAAGCAGUUCCUCGACUUCGGUCGUGACAAUGCUUGUGAGAAGACUUCCUACAUGUUUCUGCGGAAAGAGCUGCCUGUGCGGCUGGCGAACACCAUGAGAGAAGUCAAUUUGUUGCCUGAUAACUUACUUAACAGGCCUUCAGUUGGACUAGUGCAGAGUUGGUACAUGCAGAGCUUCCUUGAGCUUUUAGAAUAUGAAAAUAAAAGUCCUGAGGAUCCUCACGUUCUGGAUGACUUUUUAGACGUUUUAAUUAAAGUCAGGAACAGACACAAUGAUGUGGUUCCGACCAUGGCGCAAGGGGUGAUUGAAUACAAGGAAAACUUUGGCUUUGACCCAUUUGUUAGCAGUAACAUCCAGUAUUUUUUAGAUCGUUUCUACAUGAGCCGCAUUUCUAUCCGGAUGCUGAUUAACCAACACACGCUUCUUUUUGGAGGAGACAUUAAUCCAGCUCAUCCCAAACAUAUUGGAAGUAUUGAUCCUAACUGUAAUGUGGCAGACGUGGUUAAAGAUGCUUAUGAAACAGCGAAGAUGUUGUGUGAACAGUACUAUCUGGUGGCACCCGAUUUGGAAGUUGAAGAAUUCAAUGCUAAAGCUCCAAACAAGCCUAUUCAAGUAGUCUACGUACCUUCUCACUUGUUUCAUAUGUUAUUUGAAUUAUUUAAGAAUUCAAUGAGAGCUACAGUGGAGUUGCACGAAGGUAAGAGAGAAGGAUAUCCAUCGAUCAAAACCUUAGUCACACUGGGGAAAGAAGAUCUAUCUAUUAAGAUAAGUGAUCAAGGUGGAGGUGUACCUUUAAGAAAAAUAGACAGAUUGUUUAACUACAUGUACUCAACUGCGCCCAGGCCUAGUUUGGAGCCCACAAGAGCUGUUCCUUUGGCUGGGUUUGGCUACGGCUUGCCGAUUUCUCGUCUGUAUGCUAGGUACUUCCAAGGAGACUUAAAUCUUUACUCUAUCUGUGGUUAUGGAACAGAUGCUAUUAUCUACUUGAAGGUAUGUAUUUGACCCUUUCAUAAACCAGUGGUGCGGUGCAACUUGGAAGCUCGUAGCUAUAGCUUAUCGCAGGUGCCAUUUGGUACUAAUGAACUUUCUUUUCAUUCUUUAAUUUGUUUUCAAAUUUGUAAUUGACAUUUUUAUUGUAUUUUAUCUGAACGAGUUGCACAGAGUCAUAAAAACAACUUAAAAAGAUAUCCUUGACUCUCAUACUCGUCAGCUUGCCUUGAAUUCUUCUUUUUGGUCACUUGUGUUGGAUUUUUGCAUUAUAUUAAUGUAUCAUAAGAGCUGAACUUUUCAAACAACUGUGUGAUAAGAGAAUUUUAGAUAAUACUUGGUUGAUUCUAAAAUUUCUGAUUGCAGUAAAACUGAAACAAGACUGCUGACUAACUCCUGACUUGUAGGUUUUUUUCCUAUCCUUGACCUUUGUGCAAUGGACUGCAUUGAUCCUGUUAGCACUUUUCAGGCGAUAGCAGGCUGUGUGGGGGCUCACAGUUAAAGCAAACUGCUUGAAUUUCGUCAGGGGAUUUAUAAGAAUAUAGAGUACAGCUCGUGCACCAGGCAUUGGCUCAAUGUUGCUCCUGUGCCUUGCUGUAUUUAGUGAGCAAAUUUUGGAAUUGUGCACUCAUUUCAGUUUUUAAUGAGUUUAAUCCUGUGCAAGUAUCCAUAGAGGAAAAAGGUAUGGUGUUUCUCAGGAAAAAGAAACAUGUGGAUGGACCUAACUGUUUCUAGGACUGUGCUGACAGAGACAGUUUAUUGUUUUAAGCAGCACUCGUACAGAAGCCUAAAAUGCAUCUGACCAAAAUUUUUUUCCUUGCUGUCUUUUUAAAUACCACUGCCUGAAAAGAAAGGAAAUAUUUUAGAAUUCUAUUUUCUUUUAUCUUUUACUGUCAUGUCGUUCUUUAGGAAUGACUGGUCGAAGCCCAAGUAUUUUCAGAAUAGUGUUGUGAUGUGUAACGCUCUGAUAAUUGAGGCACUUCCACAGUUACAACUUCUGUACUAGAACAACCCUCAGAGUAUCAUCUUGCUUUCAGUAUCUCCAGGUGAUAUCUUAUCAUUGCUUUUGUUUUUCCGUAGGCCCUUUCAAGUGAAUCAUUUGAAAGACUUCCUGUUUUUAAUAAGUCAGCGUGGCGGCACUACAAGACCACACCUGAAGCAGAUGACUGGAGCAAUCCUAGCAGUGAACCAAGGGAUGCUUCUAAAUACAAAGCUAACCGAUAACUUGCCACCUUUUGUCUCUGCUGGAGAUGACCUCUGCAUUCAGUAUAAAGUCUCUGCUUUGUUCCAAAAUCCUCCAAACCACAAUAGCUAAUUACUUCUAAACAAAGACCUAAUCGGGGCAUUAAAAAUAGUAAGAACAAAGUGAUGAUCGGGACUUACAGGAGGCACUAAGCACGUUUGGGAUGCAAAUCCUUCCUGUUCCACCAGAAUAUGCUUGGUUGCUUCAGUCAUGCAUUGACAAAAGGGAUUGCACUUAAGCAUACACUGUUGUAACGAAAGAUGCUAUUUUAAGUGCCAAUUUUUAUUCCACUAAGGAUUAGCAAAUUGUGCAGAAUCCCUUUAAAUGGUGAAUAGCGUCUUGCACAGCAAUGUGGUGUGAGAGAGAAACCCUAGUCUAGUUAAGCGUAUGCUUUGAAAAUCCACCUUUUGCUGCAUUUUGUUUUGCGAUGUCACCUCUUACAGAAAAUCCCUUUGAGCUCUCUAGAUCUCAUGUCUGAUGAGCUUAUAAAUGUGUAGUUCUGAAAAGGGUUGUACAGCUUUAAACCGAUGCUUUUCCCAAAUUCCCCAACUUUUCGCCACUUUUGUCCAGUGCAUACAGAAAUUGUUUUGGUGUAAGACAUGGGGAAUUCCACUUUUAGGUAUGCACCUUAAUGAUUUUCUUGACACAGAAACACAAAAGUAUUUUUAAACGUUUUUUCCCUGUUUUCAUGAAAUAUCAUAAGUAGGUAGAUCAUCUCCAUGCAAAAAGUAUCCUGUCAGUGUGAAAGCAGAAGGUAAUUAAACUUUGUGUUUAUUGCCUGUCAUCUGUGGGGGAAUGGGAAGAAACCUGAAAGACCAGACAGCCACUCAUACACAUAAAUUUGCCUUAAGAGUGUUGGUUUCUUGGAACCUGAUUAGCUUAAAACCUGUAAAUAGUUUGCAAAGUUAUUUAUAUAUUCAAUGUCUGACAGUAGUCUGGUAAUCUGAAUUUGUAGUGUAUAUAAAGAUGUUGUACACCAGCUUUUGGGAAGUGUCAUUGAUCUAAAUAAAUGAAACUGGAAUUCUCACAGAAAUGGGAAGGGCAGAACAUAAUCAGUACCCGAUCUGAAAGGAAAACAAAGAGGAAAAGAUAAGGCGUCAUCUCCUCAAAUUUCUCAUAAGGGUUACUACUGAGCAGUAGGAAACUGCUCUUCACCAGGUCUCUGCCAAAUACCAUUUCUGCUAAUGUGGCUUAUCAGAGGAACCUGGGAGGUUCUGAAGUUCUGCUGAUAAAGCAGCCACAGGAAUAAAAAAACCCUUCAGUUUCUUCUAGAUGCUGUGAUAUUUUUUUGAAAGGCAUUAAAGAUUUUAGCAUGGAAAACUGAAACUUGUUUCCUAACAUUCUGGGGGAACUGUCCUCUCAGUAUUUCAUUUCCUUUUGUAGAGAACUGGCCUGUUAGGUAAGCAGGGAAAUGCUGAGAGAUUCCUAGAUAUUUUUUUAAAGAAUACCCUUAGUUUAACUUAAUGAUGAUACUUAGCACCUGCAUAGCACUCUCCAUCAGAGGAUAGUGGAGUGCUUUGAGCAAUAAGUUUCAUGUAGACUCAUUUCUGAAAAGUCAGAGUCCCUGCCUUACAAACUCGUGUUCCCAGCUGUCACAGUCAGUUCAAGAAUUUGUAUAGGAAUGGUCAUGAAUUUGCAGAGCUUGGGUUAUUAUAAGCAUCUCAGCACUGUACAUUUAAGUCACGCUGGAUUGCCACGUUGCUUUAGCAUGAUCUUGAACGUUGUCUGCUGAGUGCGGCAACUCACUUCAGAGGCCCAAACAGCAGAGUGGCUGCUGGUGCUGGCUGUGAGCAGAGCCUUUCCAGGCUUGGAGAUGGGGCCCUCUGAUGGGGCUGUUUGUGUGAUCCCCAGAGCAAUAACUUCCCAUGACUGUGGGCACGGCUGCAGAGAAGGCAGAUUGCUAGUGGAAUGAUACAGCCAUGUGGCUGUAGCUAAAUCAGUGUAGUAAUCCAACUGAGAUUUCAGGUGGAAGCUGCACCAACUGAAAUGUAGCCAGUGAACUUCUGCCCUUGCCUGUAACUUCCUGCUGUCUCUUGAUUUUGUUUCAAGUUGUGUUUUUCCACUCAUCACAGAAGAGGGCUUACUUAAAAACAGACAUCUGUGAAAAAGGUCGUCUUUUCCCAUUUGCACGUGGUCAGCUUUUCCUAGAACCUGACCAAAACCAUUCUGAGAAAUAUGAAGCUGAAACUGAGCUUUUGUUAGAAAUCGGAUUUUGUAGUAGUAAAUUUGGCCCCCUCGUAAACGAAGAGGAGAAAAAACAGCCAAAUGCUGAACUUUGAUUUCAUGGAGUGACUCCAAUUGAAAGUGAAAACACUGUGGAGGAUUAGAUAGUCCUUCUUUUCCUUCUCAAAAACCACUAAUUGACUCUCAGGACUGAAGUGCCCUGGUACUCAAAAGCUGAAGUCCCCCUGAUGUGGUAACUACUUCCAGGAACCCUGAACGUGUACAAACUGCUCAGAGCAGGGAAACAGAAAAUGCAUUCUCUGUGCUAUUCACUUUCCCAAAGUUUGCCCUCAGGCAUCACACUGAAUACACCUGAGAAACAGCUUUACUCCUCUCCGACCUUGACUCAGCAGCUUGUGCGUUCUGCAGCUCUCAGGUAUGCCGUCAGUUGGUCUUUCUUGUCUUCUUGCCACUCUUCUAUGCAGGAAUAUCAGUCUGAAAAUGGUCUUGGAAAACAGCAGCAGCAGGCCUUGAUGAGCUUUCCAAUAGGUGUUCCUGAAAAAUGAGGGUGGGUAGCUUUGGUAGCUUUUCACUAUGCCUAGCUUAACUGCACAUGCUGUUCUUUUUUUUCACUUGCUGCUACAUUUAAUUAGUAUCAGCCAUAACUAAGUAUUUUAAUAUUUUGGGGCAGUUAAUUCCAAACUGAACUUUGUGAUGAUAUCAAACUAUGUCUUUUGUAAUGGAUUUCAGACGUGUGCUAAUGCUGUUGCAACCUGUUUGCCUUCGGUUACAAGACACAGUAAAUAGGAAAACACGUUUUCAGUGAAAAUACCCUGUAUUUCUUGCGUCUGGUGUUUAACAGAAACAAACUGAGCAAGAGAUGCGUCCUGCUUGAUUCUCCCUGGGAAUUUACAAACAACUUCUGUAUGCCGUACUGUGACAGAAUAGUUGAGCUUUUUUCUCCGCUGCCUGUUUUUCUGGUGUAUCUGUCUUGAACGUACAACAGUAUUGCCCUGUCUAGCUGACUGUCGGUGGAUACUGAAGCCUCUCCAAAUUACAUGUGUAUCUCUGCUCCUUGUUUUCUCUAGGCUUUGUUUUGAGGCUAUCGAGGUGUCUCCGUAGGAGUUGGCAUUUUACAAGAAAGACCCUGGAAUGCUUCUUUUACAACACUGAGGCGCAGUCUGUGUCUCUGACCUUAGCUGUGAUGGCAAAAGUCUUUGUCCUGCUGCACUUUGUGCUAUCUCUUGGGCAGCAUUUAGGGCAGGUCCCUUGGGACGCGCAUGAAGAAUAUGUUAAUUCUGGUGUUCCUGGAAAACUCAAGCCACUUCUUGGCUGUGUAAACUACACUUGAUGCUGCAACUGGGUAAUGUAGUUUCCUUUCUCCUCAGUGGCACAUGGAAUGUUUGCUUUGCUUGAACAGCUCUUAGUCCACAAAGCAAGUAGACUGACCAUCUGGAGUGUAGUGCAAUCCUCUGUUUGCCUUAAGCCAGACUGUUUUGUGUGGAACCUUGACCUCAUUCAUACAGAAAACACUUCUCCCUCACCUUUUGUAAGCAUUUCUAGAUCUGUAUGUGUUUAAUGUUGCUAAAUGCUAAGUGAUCUUAAGUGAUAUAAGCCAUCCUGUAGAAAACAAACUAAAUAUUUAUGGUUAGUGUUUAUCUCCUACCAAUAUCCAGAUCUGACUGCAAGGUGUCCAAUUAGUUUGCAUGUUCCCUUGGUUGCCAUACAGGUGCUGUGGUUCCUAGUGGCUCUUAUCUCCUCUUCUUGCCAUACUUGCUCAUCGUGAAUCAAUAUAUCUAAACGUGUCUCUGCAGAACUUAAGAGAAUGUGAUGGCACAUAACAGAAUAGUGCAUUAAUGGAGCUCAGAGGUGAGGAACACAGGUGUUGAUUGCGUAGUGACUUCACGGCUGAAUCUAGCCAAUGCUUGCACGUGUAAUCCCACUUUGGUGAAUCUGUUCUCAGGAUCAGCUGUUGGCAUUAAUUUGAAGCAAUGAAGAUUUGUGUAACUAAAGUACCUUUCUAAUUGAAAACAAAUGAGCAAAUUUAAAGUUCUCGCACUCUAAUUGCAUUGAAUUGCCUUAACAGAUCUCAGAGGUUGACAUAGAUAACUUGUUCCUUAAAUUUAGAGACUUGUUUUGGUAGGGCCGGUGUGUCUGUGAUAAUUUUAUCUUUGCCAAAGUCUCACUAAAUUUAUUAUUGAAAUUCUUCCUUUAAAUUGAAUACAUCUGAGAGGUGCCAGACUGACAGUCCUUGGAAGUUCACACACUGUGUCUGCAGACCACGCUGACAGGCAGCAGCAGGGCGGGUUUCCUGGAGUCACUGCCAGAACCCGGUUCUUCAGCAGGAGCUGACCGUACCAAAACCUGCUGGCUUGCCUUCUCUGCUGAGCUGUUGACAACGUGCUGAACUCGUGCCAGUUGUACCAGGGUUUGAUGUGGGCUUCUGACAGUGGGAAUCGAUUGAAUUCAAUUUCAGUAUCUGUUACGGGCAGAAUUCCUGCGGUGCCAGCUCAUGUACCGUGCCCAGCACCCACGAGGUUACAUGUUGCCAUUCCUCUGAGGUAGCAGCGCUGGUGUCAACUGAGCUUCCAGUGGAGGAGUGGGAAGCUCUUUCUUCAUGAGACUACUUGAUGUUUUCAAUCCAACUUUGAGUCUUCUUGUAAUUUGCGUUGGAAUUGUUUCUAGUCUGAUACCCAUGUACAUAAUUUGUGUAUACUCUUAUUUUCCUUUUCUUUUCCAUUGCUGACAAAUAAAAGUACGUAAAAACAACA